ACAGAUCCUGGCCGAAUCUGAAAAACAGAAACGAAAACAGACUUGUGCGACUUGUGUGAGAUGGAUUUCUAUUUCUACCUUUUGUAGUUAAAACGAUUGUUGAAAGGAGCAGUUAAAGCAUUUAGUUAUCAUCGCAGUUCUUUUAGUUUGGCAUUAACAAUUUCCUUUUAAAAAUGUUUACGUUGUGGGCUCUCGUAGAAGCAUCACUGUUGUGCCUGAAUGCGAUAUGCAUCCUGCAUGAGGAGCGGUUUUUAUCGAAAUUUGGUUGGGGCGCAACUGCUGCUCAGAUUCAAGGUUUUGGUGAGGCUCCUACGGUGAAAGCACAAGUGUUGAACCUGGUCCGGUCGAUACGAACGGUGGCGAAAAUACCAUUGAUAUUUCUUAAUGUGGGAGCAAUAUUGUUCAAGCUCGUGCUAGGAUAGUCCGUAAAUCAAUGUAAACUCUUUUGUAUUAUAAAACUAUAAAUUGACAACGGUAGGUUAACUUAAAUA